UCCCCACAAGCAACGUGAAGAGUUAAAGAGAACAAACACAGAUGAAGAACAGAGACUCGCUUUCAUUUAAAAAAUAAUCCAUCGCGGCUCUUUAACACAAAAAAUCCGGAAAUGUGAGAAUCUGUUGAGAAACUGGAACUCUGCACUGUCUCUGUUUGGCUCUCAAUUAAAGAAUCGCGCCUUCCUGCAUGUUAAAGCUGGCAUACUCAUUACAAACAGACCCGUCAGACCAUGAACUACGUGGGUCAGCUUGCAGGCCAGGUGUUUGUCCAGGUCAAAGAGCUGUACAGAGGACUUAACCCUGCAACGCUUUCUGGCUGCAUCGACGUCAUCGUGGUGAGACAGCCGGAUGGCUCCCUGCAUUGCUCACCUUUCCAUGUUCGCUUCGGCAAAAUGGGAGUCCUCCGCUCCAGAGAGAAAGUGGUGGACAUUGAAAUCAAUGGAGAAUCGGUGGAUCUUCAUAUGAAGCUUGGCGAUAACGGAGAGGCCUUUUUUGUGCAAGAAACCGAAAACGAUCAGGAAGUAGUUCCCUCCUAUCUGGCUACCUCUCCCAUCUUGUCAGACGCUGCCUUUUCAUUGAGCUCCCCUCUGAUGGGGAAGAGCACCGGACCUCCUAUACAGACCCUGUACCCCUUAGGGAGCAAUGGCGAGAGCAGUGGGGCGAUAAAAAAGAGCAGGAAAAGGAGGAGAAAGAGUCGGGCAGACAGCGCAAGGAGGGGAGAGAGUGGAGACUACUCGGCUGAUGAAGACAUGUUUUCAAUAGACAUCAGUUCUGAUGAAGAGACGGAAAUGGAGAGCGGCAGAUCUUUAUCGAGGGACGCGUUGAGAGAUGAAACAGGAGCUGUUUCAGGCAAAUGUUCUUUCAAACAGGCUGGGAUCCACACUCGUUCAGAUGGAGACUGGAGCCCAAUCCACAGCCGAGAUAACUCCCGCCCCACCUCUCCAAAGAGCGACUCAGAGCUGAUCACCAAUCUAUCAGAUUCACAUAGUCAGAAUCCAGCCAUGCACUGGGCGUGGGGAGAGCUGCCUCAGGCUGCUGCGCCUUCGUUUCUUUCACUGAAGGCUGCUGUGCCACGUCCUUAUCCUGUAUCCAUUCCCAUGUCCGAAAAUACACAUUUCCGAGCGAUCCCUCAUCAAGCACCAUCAGACCAACCAUGCUCUAAAAUACAAGCUCCCAGUCUGCUGAUUGAAGAGGAGACAGAAGUCAAAAAGGAAAAGGCGGUCAGAGUCAGGAUGGAGUCUGAAUCCAUGAGGAUGGAGGCCCAGAUAUCAACUUCAGAGACGCAGAUGACUGCAUCUGGAGGGUUGGGAAUGCAGAGGGUGACUGAAACAGAGGAAACAGUUGCUUGCACAUCCACUAAAACAGACUCUCCGUCAAAGAAAAAAGACAAAAGGAGCCGCCAUCUUGGUUCUGAUGGAAUUUACUUGGACGACAUCACAGAGUUGGAGCCGGAGGUGGCUGCCCUAUAUUUCCCUAAAAGUGAGAGCUCGUCCACCAUGAGAAGUAUCUCUGAUCCAGGGCUUCACAGCACCAGCUUGUCCCCACAGUCUAUGAGCUCAGGGGGAGACAGCGGUGUGGACAGCUACUGUGACCCCAUGUCUGACCUGCCAUCUAUGGCCAUCUCUCUGUGUGGGGGGCUCACUGACAACAAGGAGAUUACUAAAGAGCAAUUCUAUGAUAAAAUCAUCUCCUAUCAACAGUUUGCUGAGAACCCCUCCAUCAUAGAUGAUCCAAACCUGGUGGUUAAAAUCGGCACAAAGUACUAUAAUUGGAGCACGGCGGCUCCACUCGUGCUCGCCAUGCAAGCCUUUCAGAAACCUCUGCCAAAGGCCACAGUGGAGAACAUCAUGAAGGAGAAAAUGCCCAGGAAAGGAGGGAGGUGGUGGUUCUCCUGGCGAGGCAGAAAUAACCAAAAAUCAGAAUCCGUCGCUGAAUGUGGGGCGUGUGGUACUACUGAGCAAGUUGGAAUAAUGAAAAGCAGGCUUAAAGAAGAGACAUCAUCUAGUGAUGAAGAUCACAUUGCAACCAUGCAAAGCUCUCCCAUCAUCCAAUCAGAACCUGGGGUCUCUUCAAGGGGUGUGUCUUACAAGAAAACGCUCCGCCUCACAUCAGAGCAGCUGCUGUCACUUCAACUUCAGGACGGUCCUAAUGAUGUUGUGUUUAGUGUGACCACUCAGUACCAGGGAACCUGUCGCUGUCAGGGAACCAUCUACCUCUGGAACUGGGAUGACAAGAUCAUCAUAUCUGACAUAGAUGGAACCAUUACCAGGUCCGACACAUUGGGUCACAUCCUACCAACACUUGGGAAAGACUGGACUCACCAGGGAAUCGCACAACUUUACCACAAAGUCAGCCAAAAUGGCUACAAGUUCCUAUAUUGUUCAGCCCGAGCGAUCGGCAUGGCAGAUAUGACCAGAGGGUACCUAAGCUGGGUCAAUGAGAGAGGCACCAUGCUACCAAUGGGCCCCGUCCUCCUCAGCCCAAGCAGCCUUUUUUCUGCCUUGCAUAGGGAGGUGAUUGAGAAGAAACCUGAGAAGUUCAAGGUGGAGUGUCUCACAGAUAUCAGAAACCUCUUCCAUCCAAACAAGGAGCCUUUUUACGCAGCUUUUGGAAACAGACCUACGGAUGUGUAUUCUUAUAAAGAAGUUGGAGUACCGCUAAACCGGAUUUUCACUGUCAACCCUAAAGGGGAGCUAGUGCAGGAACAUGCAAAGACCAACAUUUCCUCCUAUGUACGUCUUGGUGAGGUUGUAGACCACGUGUUCCCGUUAAAGAUGCGUUCCUGCUCCUCUGACUUCCCCUGCUCCGACACCUACAGCCACUUCACAUACUGGAGGGAGCAGCUCCCCAGUGUGGAGCAGGAGGAAACAACAUCCCUGCAGACUUCCAGCUCCACCAACUGAUUCCCACCUCAGCUUCAUCGGCAAACAGAAUGACUGUUACGGAGCAAUGAUUUAGGCAGUGAAAGCUGUACAUUCUUAUCAAAGUUGAAGUAUUUUAUGCACUUUCAAAGUAAACUGAGAAGUAGAUUAUUCUUUGAAGUCUUAAGGACAAAAGGGGAACUUCUAUGCGCUCACUUGGAUGUAUAUAUUUAGAAUGAAUUAUUAUAAUCUAUCCUGGCAGCUUAGUGGAGUUAUUAUUAUUUCAGUUGAUUAAUGUUAUCUCAGUGGUUAGACUUUCUAUUUAUGAUAAAAAAUGCACUGUGAGAGCUCACAAUCCAGCCAUGCAAGGACUUCAAACAUGUGCCAAAGGUUGACUGUGAUAUCUGGUGUUGAUGGUUGCAGACCUGCCUUGCAAAAAAAAAAAAAAAAUUCUGAUAGCAAGCAUAAACAAUCUUCUAUGUAGCUUUAAAUAUACUAAAUAGGAAAUCACAACACCAUUAGCUGUAGCCAUUAAUCCCUCUAAUGUUUAAUCUGUGAGAUUAUUGAAUGUUUAUCUUUUUAUCCAAACCAGUGUGCAUGUGCUGAGUCAUGUUUUAUAUUUUAGUUGUUAAUGGGAUAAUGAUGUAGACUACCUGACUGAUGCCAUUUCAAACACAUUACAGUUUGAAUGUUUAUGGGUUGGGAUAUUACUAUCAAACAACACCACAGACAGUAUGAGGUUACAUCUGGGGAGUGUUGGCCUAGUGUGUUAGAGCAGUGCGCUUGUGCUCGGAGAAGCUUGCAAGUACCCGGUUCGAUCCCCACAGCCUCCACUCUGGGUUCCUGAGCAAGACUCUUAACCCCACACUGCUCCUCAGGUGCUGCACAAUGGCAGCCCACUGCUCCUCAAGGGGAUGGGUUAAAUAGAGAGUGAAUUUCCCCAUUGUGGGAAAAUAGAGGGAUUAACAUUACAUAAAUGCUGGAACCAUUGUUAUAGCAGACAAGAAUGUGAAUUAAUUGGUUUCACACAUUAAGCUCACAGUAUUGUUUGAUAGACCGGUAGCUCUGUAAUAAAUACUGUUAUUCUUUCUAUGAAAGAGUGAAUACAUGUUCUCAUGCUAAUUAUUUGCCUCAACUGUGAAGCGUUUCCCUCUCGGCCUCACUGACCAGUUUAUUAUCAAAGUGGUCUCAUUAAAUAAAUUAUAUAAUUGUUACUGGGAA